UGCUGUUGGCGGAGGGUUGGAGGGGGGGAGGCUGGCGCGAGAUUUGGCGGGACAUAGAAACGGAGCCGGAGCGUGAGAGCGGCGGCGCCCGCGAACAUGCUCGCCCUGCUGCCGGCGCUGAGGCAGCAAACAGUGCGACCCUUGGCCGCCCGCCCUCCCUCCAGCAUCGCAGCCAAGGAUUACUAGGCGCUGACUUUUCCCCCGGAGUGAGUGACCCGAGUAAAGGAGUGAGUGAGUAAGCGAGCCGCUCCACUGGGGCGAAGCGGUCCCCAUAUAACGAUGGCCAAGCGGGCUCGGAGUGAAGAUGAUGAUGAUGAACAUCUGUUCCAAGAUCGUGAUUAUGACAUCCCUCAACAGAAAGGUACAAAGAAGCUCUGUAACAAAGUUAAAUGGAUACCUGAUGAGCAGGAUGAGAAGUUAAAAAAGCUGGUAGAAGAACAUGGUACAGAAGAUUGGAAUUUCAUUGCUAGUAAUUUUCUCAAUCGAACAGAUGUUCAAUGCCAGCAUCGGUGGCAAAAAGUCUUGAAUCCAGAAUUAAUAAAAGGACCAUGGACUAAGGAGGAAGAUCAAAAGGUAAUUGAGUUGGUGCAGAAAUAUGGUCCAAAACGAUGGUCACUUAUUGCCAAAUACCUAAAAGGCAGGAUUGGAAAACAGUGUCGGGAAAGGUGGCACAAUCAUUUAAAUCCUGAAGUGAAAAAAUCCUCCUGGACAGAGGAAGAAGAUAAAAUAAUAUAUGAAGCACAUAAGCGUCUUGGAAAUCGUUGGGCAGAGAUUGCCAAGUUGCUUCCUGGAAGAACAGAUAAUUCAAUCAAGAACCAUUGGAAUUCCACAAUGAGAAGAAAGGUUGAGCAAGAAGGAUAUCUGCAAGAGGCACCCAAAUGUGACUUGCUUCCAAGUAUGCAGCAACAGAAAGUACCAGCUAGGACUCCUCUGAACCCAGUGCAGUUUCCGAAUCAAUUUUUCAUUCCCGUGUCUUCUCAAGGCCUUAGACAUCCAUACUCUGCUUCAGAAGAAUCUUGCAUAGAUAAUGCAACCACAGGAUUAACUCAACAACCACAUAUUGAUGACGAUCCUGAUAAAGAGAAAAGAAUAAAGGAACUUGAACUCCUCCUAAUGUCAGCAGAGAAUGAAGUCAGAAGGAAACGAGUAGGAGCUUCUCAAGACACUACUGACUUCAUCUGGUCAAGAAGUCUUUUUGGUGAUGAAAGUUUAUCCAGUACCCUGAGUAGCUUGGAAGAUAAGGCAAAUGAAAUUUGUAUGAAGGAACCUCUUCAGGGAGCAAGCACACCAGUACACCAGGCCUCUUUCAACCGUUUCCUUGCACAGGAAGAAAGUUCGGUCCUUGGCACACUGCAGUCCAUUCCUGAUUUAACAAAGACAUUUGAACUAAUUGAAGCAGAUUCUGUAGUGUGGAAUGAACUAACUAACUUUGACCUCUCUGAAGUUAAUGAAAAAACACCCGCUAAACAGACUCCAGUUAAAUUUGAAUGUUUGCAGCACAAAGGUGGAAUAGGUUAUCGCUUUGAUGGCCAUGCCAUUUCGGAUCUGAGCAGAAGUACUUGCAGUAAUAGCAGUGAGCUUAUUCCUAUAACAUCCCCUGUUGUUGCAAAGUUCAGCACGCCUCCAACCAUUUUAAGGAGGAAAAGAAGAUUACGCCUUGGUCCAUCUCCAUCCAGUGACUGCAACAGUCUUUCCUUCAUGGAUAACAGCACCACAAGCCCAAAAAGUACUCCAGUUAAAGUGCUUCCAUUUUCUCCUUCUCAGUUUUUUAAUAUCUGUUCUGGCAAUGACCACCUGAACAUUGACAAUACAGCACUUACUUCAACUCCAGUCUGUGGACAGAAAGUUCUAGUUACAACUCCAUUAAGGAAAGACACGCCUCGAGUUCAAAAAGAAAAUGUAGGUUUCAGGACACCCACAAUAAGGCGAACCGUUUUAGACAGCACUCCGAGAACACCUACCCCUUUCAAGAAUGCACUUGCCGCUCAAGAAAAGAAAUAUGGGCCUCUUAGAAUGGUGCCUCAAUCGCUUGCACAUUUAGAAGAGGAUAUUCGAGAGGUCUUGAAGAAGGAGACAGGGACCGACAUAUUACUUGGAGAAGGAAUGGAUCCAAUCUUCAAAAUCUGCGAGCAAGAGCAAAAUGCUCCUCUCAAGAAAGUACGAAAAUCUCUUGUUUUGGACACUUGGAACAAGGAUGCCUUUGGUGCACAAAAGUUCACACAGUCCUCUGUUUCGGAUAUGCAGUCUGAAAACCUGUUGAAUACUUCGUUACUGAGAACACUUUUACCAGAAAAAUCGGACCUCGCCACAAGUACAUGGAGCAGAAAUGUUAUCUUGUCUGAAAUAAAGCAUAAAAAUACUUCAAAAACUGUACGAUUUGAGAUCCCAUUGCAGAUGACCAGUGAAUGGGAAGCAGUUGCUUGUGGAAAGACAGAGGAUCAGCUAAUAAUGACUGAACAGGCUCGAAGGUAUCUUACUGCAUAUAAUGGCAGCAACACUAGCAGAACUCUGAUCCUGUAACUGUCCAUUGCUUAAGAAGCCGCUGAAUAUACACUAAAUCUGAGAGCUGUUGAUUUCUGUCAUAAACCUAGCUCAUAGGCCAGCUAGGUUUGAUUUUUCUAGAAGAAAUCUCUUUAAUAUUCUGAUAUGUACAGUGCAUUCAGAAAGUAUUCAGUCCCCUUCACUUUUUCCACAUUUUGUUACGUUACAGCCUUAUUUGAAAAAUGGAUAAAAUUCUUUUUUUUUUAAUCAUCAAUCUACACACAAAGCCCCAUAAUAAAAAAGCAAAAACAGGUGUUUAGACAUUUUUGCAAAGUAAUUAAAAAUAAAUAACUGAAAUAUCACAUUGAAAUAAGUAUUCAGAGCCUUUACUCGGUAGUUUGUGGAGGUACCUUUGGCAGUGAUUACAGUCUCAAAUCUUCUUGGGUAUGACGCUGCAAGCUAGAAUCUUCUCUGCAGAUCCUCUCAAGCUCUGUCAGGUUGAAUGGG